AUGAGUGUUGGACAAACCAUAAUCGGCAACCCCUCCUCCGCCUUCUGGCUCUUUGACGGAACCACCUACGACCUCACCCACCCCGACUCCCCCACAACCCCAUCACCCUCACCCACCAUCCGCCUGCCGACAUCGACGGCCCCGAUCCUCAUCUCCCCGUCCAAGACCGCGCUCGUCAUAGUCGACAUGCAAAACUUCUUCCUCUCCCCGGCGCUCGGCCGCCCCGCCGCCCCCGACAGCCCGGGGAAUCUCGCCGCGCGCAGCCUGCUCGACCACGCCAUCCCCGCCGCGCGCCGCGCCGGCAUCCAAAUCCUCUACCUGAACUGGGGCCUGACGGACGACGACCUGGCCGCGCUGCCUCCCGUGCUCUUCCGCGCCUUCGGCACGAGGCGCGUGGAGCGGCCCCAGGGCGGCGGCGAGGGCGAGGUCGUCUCCCCGCCCGGCCUGGGCGACGACCUGGGCACCGUCACGCUGGCGGACGGCAGCACCGUGCCGGCGGGGAGGAAGCUGGUGCGGGGCCAGUGGAACGCGGCGCUGCACCCGCCGCUGCAGGCCUCGUGCGACGAGUCGCAGCGCGGCCCGCUGCCGGACCGGGUGUUCCACAAGAACCGCAUCUCGGGGUUCCAGUGCGGGCCGUACGGGGCCGCAGCGCCGCCGAUCUACGACUUUCUGAGGCGGCGGGGGAUCGCGACGCUGCUGUUCGCCGGGGUCAACACGGACCAGUGCGUGCUGGGGUCGCUCCAGGACGCGUGCAACGCCGGCUUCGACGCGGUGCUGCUCAGGGACUGCGUCGGGACUAGCAGUCCCGACUUUGCGAGGUUGAUGGUCGAGUUCAACUGUCGGAGGACGUGGGGGUUCGUGGCCGAAGGAAAGGCGUUGACGGGCGCCGUUGAGGAGAUGCUGGCGGGCGGGAUGAAGUGAAAAAAAAAGGUUGUCGCCAUUUCUGAUUUUUUAGGGAUCAAUGCUCGGUUGCGGGCCGUCGGACUCGGUGCGCUGCUGAGCACUUCAAAGCAAGACGUUAUUUGGACUGAAGGCUUUGAAAUGAUUAUGUCCACCCCGAGCCAGCGUGCAUACCCUUUGGAUCCUCGCCCCGGUCACGUCUUGGUGUCGUCUUGGCUGUCUAUCCCAGCAAGCCUUUGAAGCUAUGCACCCUCUUCACGACCUUUUGGUGGUUGUUGUUCGGGACUUUUCUUGCCUACUUUCAUGGUCGAGUUGUGAGGCAUGGGUGCAGAGUAGCUCUCGAUGGUCCUACAAAGUCUGGUCGCGCCUAAUGAAAGGCAGGUGGGAUCUCAUCGAGCGUAUCAAUUCAUCCAACGCCUUUACAGUAUUCGCUGCUGUUCGGGCACAGGCGUUGAACCGAUUUAAUGUCCUCCGCCAGGCUGCAGAAGCGUCAGGCUUUAGUAGUCGAGUGUUAGAGUGUCUCACGUUGAUCCAGUUUUGGUAGUCUUUUAGACAAGGUACCUAAUCUAUUCGGCAACAAUUCAGUAAAUCACCCA